UUUUUUAAAAUGCUAGAUUCCCCUUAGUUUACUGACUUUAUGUCAAACCUCUUAAUACAAUUAGAAAGUAAAUUAUUACACACUUUAUACAUCCCCUGUGCAGUAAAAAUGAAAUCAACACAUUUUAAAGCAUGUAAUUGACAAAAAUACAUUUGUUGGUUCAAAUAGUAAACCUGAUUUACAAUCCUUUUUGCUCUCUUCUGUAACAUAUUUCCGAUAUAUGUUUGUUAUACAUACUUUAGUUCAAAUAUUAAACAUACAAGUAUGAAUACAGCAAUACAACAAUAGAAAAGAGAAAAGACGACAAAAAUCUAUCUGGCUGUCUGUCAAUCUGCGCAAAUAUUGCGCAGCCUCGUCGUUUAGAGCAAAGGGAGGUAUGCGUCAUCAUGUGGCGACGAUCGACGUAAUUCUAACGUGACGCGUCAGUAUGAACGUAUAUUAUAAACACGCGCUGACGAAAAUAUCCACUAAUGUUUAAGUUUAUUUGUGUGCGUGAGAAGACAAAGUGCGCAUACACAGAUUUUUCUCAGAUUAUAACUAUCAUACACAUGCAUUCUAACUCAGGAAAUUAGCUUCUCAUGGAUCCCGUUGUUAGACGUAAAAUCCCAGCGUGUGUUCGUUCAUUACUCACUGAUAUUGCACCAAAGGAGGAAGAACACAUAAGCGACUGGCCAGAAGCAGACUCUGACUCGAUUACCACCAAAGAUGGGAUUGCACUUCCCAAAAGAGGGACUUCUGAACCUCUCCUGAAACCUGCUAAUGGCACAAAGGACGGAACUACUGACGGAAAUGCAUCAUUAGUCAAGCCAUGUGGGCUUUGCUUAUCCAAACCGUCCUGUUACACUUGCCCAAGGUGUAACAUCCUGUAUUGCGGACUGGCUUGUUACAGGAGCCAGAAUCACUCCUCAUGCUCAGAGGAGUUUUACAAAGAGUCUGUGCUUCAGGAGCUCAAAUCACAAGGUGCCACAGAUGAAGAGGGGAAAAGGAAAAUGCAUGAAAUUCUGUCACGUCUCAGACAGAGUGCAGAGAGUGAGGGAGGGAUGGAGAAUUUAUUAAGGAACUUGGGAGAUGAUGAAAAUAGUGUGACUGAACAAGACGCACAUGCUUUGGAGCUGCUUUCUAGGUUGGCAGAGAUUCAAUCUGGUGGCGAAGAAAAAACUCACGAGGUGCAGGAAAUACUAGCAAAACUCCAAGAUAUUGAACACAGGACUGAUGAAGAGGAAGCUGAUUUAGCUGAAAAGUUAACCGGGUUGGAUAUCGACUUACUUUCAGAGGAAGAGCUCUGGUCGUUGUUGUCAGCCCAGGAAAAGGAGAAAUUUGAGAGUCUAGUGAAAGAAGGUGGCAUCGGUGGGCUGGUUGUCCUGUGGAGCCCCUGGUGGGAACGGCAUGAAAAGGACACUAAAGCACUUAUAGAGGAACUUCAGUCUGAGAGGCACGAUGUGAAUGAGAAAAAAGAGGAAAAAAACAAGCAAGUCAGUCACAGUAAAGUACAUUCAGACAAAACACUAAGAUGCUCUAUCCCUCCAAUAAGUGCCAAAAUUCCCCCUCUUCACACGCUAUCGUCAAAGCCAUCUCCUCUAGUGCGGUUCAACCUGAUCAAUGCUCUUUACGGUUACACCUUCUCCCUGCGUCUCUACAAUGGAGACUUCUCAGAGAUUCUGCUAGAGUUUUGUCAGGCGGUGCUUGCCAUCUCUGAGGGUCUGGGUGGCGGACGGGUCUUCAACUCUGUCCCAGACGCGUUUGACGCCGGGAUAAGGGCAGUAUCUGCAGGAGGAUACUUUGAUUCCGAGGACCCUUUAGCUUCCCUUCGAGCUGUGGAAGCGGUGGCUCAUAUUCUGACUGGAGAGAGCAGACAGGACACUGAGGGAUAUGCGCUGUCCGCUCUGUCCCAGCUGCGCACAGCUUUGAGCGAGGCAAAGGCUUCCGUUCCGAAGGACGACGAGCGGACGAGGCGGCUGUUUUUUCAAGCUGGAAAGAAGUGCCAGUUUUUCCAGUCUUGGGUGAAAGAGAAUCCCAGAGCUUUGAGGAGUCUGGCAGGAUGUGUGUGGACGGACUAUGAGAGAAGGGAGGCGGAGAGGACGACAUUAGAGGGAGAGAGGAAACUCUUAGAAGAGGGACGGGAAAAAAGUAGAGGCAAAGGUGCGUUGAUAGAAGAAAUUGAGUGAGAUUGUGAUUAUUACUAUAUAUUAGUAAUAAUAAGGCAAUUGUUUUUUUGAAAGCAUUUGUGUGAAAUGCAAUUUAAAGAAUUAAAAAAUUGUGGCUGUUGACUAUCCUUAAAUGUAAUUUAUGCUUUAAGAAUCAAAAGGCACUGAGCACUGAUAUUAAAAUGCUUUUUAAUAAUUAUAUAAUACAACAUAUUUUUCAUAUUUAAAAAACAAAUAAACAUUUGAAUGAAUGGGCAGACAUGUUAUGAUGCAAACAAAACAAUAUAUAUAUUAUCUUGGCUCAGUGGUUAUCUUGGCCCAGUAUUAUCUCUGGUUGACCUCCACCUUUGCACCUAAAUAGUUGCACGCAACAAUCUUUUGAUCAGUCCGCAUUAAUAAAUGUACGGGAUUAUUCUGUAGGGCACACGUCUGCAGUAGGUGUCCCAUGCCAGUCCGUACUUGGCUCUGCAUUGCUUCUCGUCUCUGGCCUCUCGGUGGAUGAGCAGAAUGGUGAAAUAUAUGACAUAGAAGUAAGGCAGAAUAUGUGACAUUCCUAGGGAAAAUAGUGGAAUAAACUAAUUAUAUUGGAAGUAUGAUUUGUCUUACAUUUCCUUUUAUUUAUUUUGAUGGCAAAACAUGGAUAGUUUAAAAUACAAUGGCAAACAGCUAAGAAAUUUGUAUUUAAAGAGUGAUAGUUCAACAAAAGAAAGAAAAAAAAAGUAUCAUUACUCACUGGUUAAUCUUAGAAACAAAAAUUAAGAUAUUUUGGUAAACAUUGUGUUGUGCUCUGUAUGUGUGAUGAUCAUUGUUUAGAUGUAAAUUUCAAAUAAAAGCCUAAAUAAAUCUAUUCA